GAAGAACAAAUCAAACUAUUGUUAUUAUUCUGUUAUAGUUAGUAGUGAGUCAACCAUUGGUAUCACUUCGCCUUUUACGAUUUUGUAUCAGAUAAUGCCAGGCUUUUCUUUCGAAAACGUUGAAAGAAAUUUGAGGCUUGCGAGCCAUGGUUAUAAGCCGCCAGGUGUGUUGAAAACAGGCACCACUAUUGUUGGCGUGGUUUUUAGGGAUGGUGUUGUUUUGGGUGCUGAUACUCGAGCCACGGGAGAAAGUAUUGUCGCGGAUAAGCGAUGCCGUAAGAUUCACUACAUGGCCCCCAACAUCAUGUGCUGCGGUGCUGGGGUUGCUGCCGAUACGGAGUCCGUCACCAACAUGGUUUCCUCACAGUUAUCUUUGCACAGGCUGGAAUCGGGAAAGCAAAGCCGCGUGCACGAGGCACUUACCCUACUUAAGCGUCAUUUGUACCAGUACCAAGGCCAUGUCUGCGCGGCACUUGUUCUCGGUGGGGUGGAUGUGGAGGGUCCAUAUCUAGCAACCAUUGCCCCGCAUGGGAGCACAGACCGCCUUCCAUUUGUGAGCAUGGGCAGUGGUAGCAUUGCUGCCAUGGGUGCGCUUGAAUCUGGGUUCAAAGAUGGCAUGACGUGCGAUGAGGCGCAACAGCUAGUAGCGUCUGCCAUCCGCAAAGGUAUCUUCAAUGACCCCUAUAGCGGGACACAGGUAGACAUCUGCGUGAUCACCAAAUCUAAGACAGAUCUGAUUAUUGGGUUUGAUCAACCAAACGAACGUUUGCACCCAAGGCGAGAAUUCGCUUUACCACCAGGAACUACUCCCAUAUCUGUGGAAGAGGUUCGAAACUUGGUGGAUAUUGUGGAGUUAGAGUAA